CGGGUCGUGGGAGGGCGCCGCCGGGACAGCUCAGGGCAGCCCCGAUCUGACCCGUGUCCCUGGCCCGGCGAACCGCGGGGGAGCCGGAAGUGCAAGGAGCGGGAGGCAGAUGGAACGGGCCGCGAGGACCCAACCCGGGUAGCCCUGGGUUCUCAAAUUUGCUAGGUACAGUUUAUCGGCGUGGAAACUUAAAUUUCACCUGCGAUGGAAACUCAGUUAUCAGCCCCGUGGGGAACAGAGUCACUGUGUUUGAUCUUAAGAACAAUAAAUCCGAUACCCUGCCCCUGGCCAUGAGCUUCAAUGUGAAGUGUAUGGGGCUGUCCCCUGAUGGCCGGCUGGCGAUCAUCGUUGAUGAAGGGGGCGCUGCGCUGCUGGUCAGCCUGGCCUGCAGGUCCGUGCUGCACCACUUCCACUUCAAGGGCUCUGUGCACAGCGUCUCCUUCUCCCCGGACGGCAGGAAAUUUGUUGUUACAAAGGGCAACAUCGCUCAGAUGUACCACGCCCCUGGGAAGAAGCGAGAAUUCAACGCAUUUGUGCUGGACAAAACCUACUUUGGGCCAUAUGACGAGACCACGUGCAUCGACUGGACAGAUGACUCCAGGUGCUUUGUAGUCGGGAGCAAGGACAUGUCCACCUGGGUGUUCGGAGCCGAGCGCUGGGACAACCUCAUCUACUACGCACUAGGCGGGCACAAGGAUGCCAUUGUGGCCUGCUUCUUUGAGUCCAACAGCCUGGAUCUAUACUCGAUCAGCCAGGAUGGGGCCCUUUGCGUGUGGCAGUGUGACACCCCGCCUGAGGGCCUGAGGCUGAAAGCCCCUACCGGCUGGAAGGCGGACCUGCUGCAGCGGGAGCAGGAGGAAGAGGAGGAUGAGAGACAGACCACCAUCCGAGGGAAGGCCACAGUGGCCGAGGAGGAGAGGAAGGGGAAAGUGAAGUACCUGCGGCUGGCCAAGUACUUCUUCAACAAGGAAGGAGACUUCAACAACCUGACCUCUGCGGCCUAUCACAAAAAGGUCCACCUCCUGGUCACGGGCUUUGCGUCUGGCAACUUCCACCUGCACGAGCUCCCGGAGUUCAACCUCAUCCACUCCCUGAGCAUCUCAGACCAGAAGAUCUCCUCCAUCGCCAUCAACAGCUCUGGGGACUGGAUCGCCUUUGGGUGCUCGGGCCUGGGCCAGCUGCUGGUGUGGGAGUGGCAGAGCGAGUCCUACGUGCUCAAGCAGCAGGGCCACUUCAACAGCAUGGUGUCACUGGCCUACUCCCCUGAUGGGCAGUACAUCGUCACCGGCGGGGAUGAUGGCAAGGUCAAGGUGUGGAACACCCUCAGUGGCUUCUGCUUCAUCACUUUCACGGAGCACUCAAGCGGGGUCACUGGCGUGACCUUUACUGCCACUGGCUAUGUCAUCGUGAGCUCCUCCAUGGACGGUACUGUGCGAGCCUUUGACCUUCACAGGUACCGGAACUUCCGGACGUUCACGUCUCCCCGCCCCACCCAGUUCUCCUGUGUUGCUGUUGACUCCAGCGGGGAGAUUGUCUCUGCGGGUGCCCAGGACUCCUUCGAGAUCUUUGUGUGGUCCAUGCAGACGGGCAGGCUCCUUGACGUCUUGUCUGGUCAUGAGGGCCCCAUCAGCGGUCUGUGUUUCAACCCAACGAAGUCUGUCCUGGCCAGCGCCUCCUGGGACAGGACAGUGCGCCUGUGGGACAUGUUUGACAGCUGGAGGGCUAAGGAGACGCUGACCCUCACUUCCGACGCCCUGGCUGUGACGUUCCGGCCCGAUGGUGCGCAGCUGGCUGUGGCCACGCUGAGCUCACAGAUCAUCUUCUGGGACCCUGAGAGCGCUGUGCAGACGGGCUCCAUCGAGGGCAGGCACGACCUCAAGACAGGCCGGAAGGAGCUGGACAAGAUCUCAGCCAAGCACUCUGCCAAGGGCAAGGCUUUCACCACGCUGUGCUACUCGGCGGACGGCCAGUGCAUCCUGGCGGGGGGCAUGUCCAGGUUCGUGUGCCUCUACCAUGUCCGCGAGCAGAUCCUGGUGAAGAGGUUCGAGCUCUCCUGCAACCUUUCUCUGGAUGCCAUGGAGGAGUUUCUGAACCGAAGAAAAAUGACAGAGUUUGGCAACCUGGCGCUCAUUGACCAAGACGCUGGGGAGGACGGCGUUGCCAUUCCGUUGCCAGGGGUGCGGAAAGGUGACAUGAGUUCUCGCCACUUCAAGCCUGAAAUCAGAGUGAGCUCCCUGCGCUUCUCUCCCACCGGGCGCUGCUGGGCGGCCACCAGCACAGAGGGGCUGCUCAUCUUCUCCCUGGAUGACCGGAUGCUCUUUGAUCCCUACGAGCUGGACACCAGUGUCACCCCCGGGCGGGUGCGCGAGGUGCUGCGGCAGGGGGAGUUCACCCGCGCCAUCCUCAUGGCUUUCCGGCUCAAUGAGCGGACGUUGAUGCAGGAGGCGCUGGAGGCCGUGCCCUGGGCGGAGAUCGAAGUGGUCAGCGCGUCUCUGCCUGAGCUGUAUGUGGAGAAGCUGCUGGAGUUUCUAGCCUCCUCCUUCGAGGGGUGUCGGCACCUGGAGUUCUACCUCAUCUGGACCCAGAAGCUACUGACGCAGCACGGGCAGAAGCUGAAGCCCAGGGCGGGCCAGCUGCUGCCUACGGUCCAGUUCCUGCAGAAGGGCGUCCAGCGGCACCUGGAAGACGUGGCCAAGCUCUGCGACUGGAACCGCUACAACAUCCAGUAUGCCCUGGCAGUCUCCAGGCAGCGGGGCGUGAAGCGCACCCUGGAAGCACCGGGGGCGGAGGAGGAGGACAGUCUGCACUUGAUCCGAGGGUCAGAGGACGAGGGAGAGGAGGCGAUGCUGGCUUAGCCGACUUCUGUGGAGGACACAAGCUGUGACAGGGAGGGCUGGGUCACCCCGAGAUGCUGUUGUGGAGGACCCGCUGCCGAGACAGCCACUUGCACACCCCAUAAACCUGGCUGGCGGCCUGGCAGACCUGUGCACAGCGGGCCCAGGCUGUCUGCAGGUGGUAGUCAGUGCCCUUUUCAAGGUUUUGUGUGAGUUAUGUAUAUUUUUAAUACAAAAUCCUGGGGAUGAACUCCAGAAAUGCACGACUGAGUGUAAACUGAGUUAACAGUGUUUACAACGCCCUGGGUGAGCAGGGUUGGAUGUUGGAGGGGAACACGGGGUCCUCCCGAGGCAGGUCAGCCUCCCCGCCAGCUCCAAGCCCUGCCUGUUCUGCUGGUGCGUGUGGUUGGCCUGUCCUGCCUCCUGCUUAUCCACAGGGGUCCACAGUUUAGACCCCACCCUCCUCCCGCUCCUGUGGGAGUGGAGCAGAUGCCACCUCCCCAGCUGGCCCAGGCAACAAGGGGCAGGAGGGUGCAUGUGCCACAGAAGGCACUGGAGCUGUGGCUGUCAUGCACUCGGGCUGGGGUGUCUGGUACGUGAGUGUCCGGCCUCCUGGUCUGUGCUCUGAGGAUGCAGACCAGAGGUGGGAGAAACUGCUCGGGCCUCAGUCCUGGUGUUUGCUCCUGCACUGUAUGUCUCCAGCUGAGGCUGGACAGCCCCUAGCUAGUCCCACACUUCAUGACAUGCAGUGUCACUCCUCCAGUACCAGGCCUCUUGGUGUCAUGUGUGCCCAGUGCUGUGCUGCUGAGCAGGGCUCCGGGGGAAACGUUGGAGGUGGGAUGUGCAGUAGAACCACAGCCUCUGCCCUGUGCUCCAGGCCAGCAGGCAGGACCAUGGCUAAAGACGAAUAGAGCCUUUCCACCUUUGAAGACCGAAGCUGACCAGUGUACUUAGUUGCCCGUCCAGUGAUGCACUCUGGUUUCAUGGCGUUUUUGUGAUGGGGGUGGGACCCAGGGCCUCAGGCAAAUGCUGUGCCCAGCCCUCAUGUUCUGAACAUGCGUUUAAGCCCCUCAACCAGAAGCAAGCCUCAUACACAGUUCGUUCCAGUUCUGCGGUCUCCCCACCCCUGCUUCCUCCAGGUCUCCACCUACUCUGCUGCUCCCUGUGGACCCCGCACAGGUGGAGUGGAUGUGCCACAGUGGCCCUCUCAGUCCCUGCGUUACCUGGAACCUGGGCUGCUUCAAGACCCCAGGUGGAGCUUCCUGAGGGGGUUCUGCCUGAACAAAGCCCACUGACCCCUGGCCUCCCCUCAUCUCCACACAGUGCCUGCACCCCAGACUGCUGGGUGGUACGAGCCUCAUGUCUCUUGAACAUGAAAGGGGUGCUGUCCAUCUUGGGACCCUGAAUGACAGCUGAUGGGCCGAGUCCCAUGCGUGGGCCCGGGGUAGACGUGCAGUUCCGCAGGAGUGGACGGACACUCAGGACUUCUUUUCUUUUUUAAAGAUUAACAGUUUAUUAGAAAUUUCAGGUAACUUUUUGCCUCUGGUUUGAGGCAAGGCAGGCUUCCUGGUUGUACAUACAUUUAUACCACCAAAAGGCACAGGCAGGCUUCCCGAGGCCUCCAUAGGAUAAUAAUCAGUUGUACACAGAACAUGUGGCAAUCUGGUACUAAAGAUGCUUCUAUAAACUGCAUGCAUAUUUCUGAGCCCCAAAGACAAGUACAAUUCCUUGAAGCCUCUUUUUCAAACUGUAUCGUGCUCUCUGAAGACUUGCCCUUUAUUUCACUUAGAAAAUUUUCUGCAGCCUUUUUCUGCAAUGCCUGGUUUGAGAUGUAAUUUAAAUAAACUCAGCUAAGGGUAAGCAGCUGCAGUGUAGUCCAACCAAUAGAGCCUAAAAUCCCUAAUGAUCUAAUUAAAAGCAAGUUAAAGGAUGUUGUACUUGACUUUUUGCUUCCUCGGAUACCUCACAUUUGAUUAAAAAGCAAAGAAUGUCUACUGUUAACACAUUUCAAUAUGAUCAGUUUCAGAUCUGAUAGUCAAAAGUAUUCAAAAUAAACCCAAAUUAAGAAUGAGCACUAAAUGCAGAUUUCUCCUUU